CUAUCUAUUCUAUCGACAAUGAGAAGUUUGGACUCUCUUCUUUAACAAGUUACAACUCUUUGAUUUUCAUUCUCAACCUCGAUAUCAAUGAUGUUGUAAAAUUAAGGUUUAUAGGUCUCGCCGACGAUUUUACCUAGUUAAUGGGAGCAUCCGGGUGAAGACGGACCGUUAGCCUUCCUUGCCGUUAUUAUUCUGCCUUUCUAGUUUUGAUAGUUGGUACUUUGAUCUGGCUCCCUCUCUAAAUGGUACCUUUUUUAUCCAGAGCCAAUCGCCAUGGAAUAAUAGCAUUACCAAGAGACCAGAACUCAAUAGUAGAAAUCAGCAUAUCAUCACAUCAUAACUGCAUCGCCACAGCAAAUAAUCUUCGUAAUUACGGAGUACACACUGUACAUCUGUUACGCCAAAUUGUUACCGACAAGGUAGCGCUUCGUCACCCGGCCUGCGAAUUCGGACGCAGAUGCCAAGACCAAACCAUAACUCCGGGUCUUUAUCGAUAAGACCAUAUUUUACACGUGAUACCGGCGAAAGAUUUCUCCGAUUUCUCCGAUUUCUGAAAAGAUUCAAUCUCAAGUAAGAAAUAUUAUAUCGCCAGUAAUAUUCUCAAUAGCAAUUGCUCAAAGUACGAAGGCGCACGUACUUUUUCAGUCUCACGGUUUGGAGAGAUAUAUUCUCAUCCACCAUAAUGUCAGACUCAAAAGUGCCCGAAGCAGAGGUAAUUCCCUUCCAGGAAGACUCAUUUAAAGAGCUUAAACUAAUAAGGUCGUAGAAGCCAGCUUCUGCUACAAAUGCAGAAGUUAAAAUCGAUGCGAAAGCUACUGCGAAACAGAAACCUCCAAAUCCAAUGUGGAAAUACUUAGGAUUUGGCGAAAACUUUCGACCUAGAGUUCCUUCUCGAAAUUGGAUGAUAUUCCUCUCAAUUACUGGAUCCUUCACAGCAGCCAUCAUCUAUGAUAAAAGGGAAAAGAAGAGAGCGCAGAGAAAAUGGUGUAAAUUGGUUGAACAUAUUGCGAAAGAACCUUUGGGAGAUUCUCGUACUAUGCCAAGGAAACUUACUGUUUUCCUAGAAGGACCUCCUACUGAUGGACUAAGGGUUGCGCAAGAUCACUUUAAAGAGUAUGUUAAACCGAUAUUGGUAGCUUCUGGGUUGGAUUGGGAAUUUAUACAAGGGAGAAGGGAGGGAGAAAUCCGAGCUGAAUUGGCGGAGAAAAUCCGUAAUGCGAGAUUACCUUUUGAGGAGAGUUUUGAAGGACGGGAUCCUAUUUUAUCGACACGGAAAAAUGCUGGGAUUAAGGAAUUUGAUGGACCAAGAGGUGAUAUAGUACUUGGAAGACAUACUUGGAAAGAAUACAUUAGGGGUUUACAUGAAGGCUGGUUAGGACCAUUAACCGAACCCCUUAAGCCACAAGAAGAGAACCUAGAAGCAGCUCCUACCUUGGAAGCCGAAACUCCAGUCGAUUCCCUCAUAGGAAACACAAUCCAUACAAGCACUACUACCGACCCCUCCAAACAAGAUGAUGCAUCACCUAGCAAUACCGACUCACCUCCCGAAAAACCAGCUGAGGAAAAGAAGGAAAAACCAUCACACCUACCUCCGUUCAUCUCAACCACAGACUACGCAUCAGCAAACCUUCCCUCAUCUUUUCCGACAGACCUGGACCCGUCAGCCGCAAUUUCCUUCCCCCAUAUCCUCGGAUUUCUUAACACACCCACUCGACUCCGUCGAUUUCUCAAUCGUCGUCAUCUAGCCGAUCAAAUCGGUCGCGACACAGCCGCUAUAAUCCUCUCUACCUAUCGACCCUACCACAAUUCUUCCUCUACAUCGUUCACCCCAGAAACCCCCGAACCAGAACAAGCCACCCUCCUCCAAUCAGAAGAAAAAGAAUGGCACAAAUCAAUCCAUGUCCGUUCCCCCACCGACUCAGAAAGAACGUGGUUAGAACCCAUCACUCUAGAUCCUCGCAUCGCUUCCCGAAUGCGUAAAGCGGAAUUAACGCCUGAAGAAGAAGAAAGGGCGAGGAAUAUUAUAGUGAAAGAGGAAGAAAUAGAAGGUUGGAUUAAAGGAAGUUUGAGAAGUUUAGGUCGUAAGGGUUUGAAGUGGUGGGGUGGGGAUAAGGGAAAGAAACCUUGGGAACAGGGAGAAGUGGGGGAGGAGGAUCAAUGAUGAAUGAUGAAUGAGGAAUGGGAAUGGGAAUGAGGAGUGAUAUGUGGUUUCUUGCACCUAUAUUGGUGCUUUACUGUAGGAUAUAGAGCUGUGGAUGUAUAUUCAGGAUGGAUGGAUGGUGGUUAAGUGAGUGAGUGAGUGAGCAAGUGAGUAAGCGGUUGACAUAUAAUGCAUACAGAAAGUCCACAACGAGCACAUCACCUCUCACCUCUCACCUCUCACCUCUCACCUCUCACCUCUCACCUCUCACCUCUCACCUCUCACCUCUCACCUCUCACCUCUCACCUCUCACCUCCCACCUCUUCUUUCUCCCCCCUUCCUUCCUUCCCUCCUUCCUAUCUACUAUCUACUAUCUACUAUCCGUAUCCGGAACUAUUACACACCUACUAGAUAAAUAGAUAGUAUUUACUAAAUAUUCUCAGAAAGGAAAGAGAAAUAUAUAAAUAGAUAGAUAGAUAACAGAAAGGAAGAAGCGAGGAUAUAAAAUGAAAUAAAAAAGAUAAA